CUUCGGUAAGCCUAUUUGUAUCGGCAGCAUCUUACUCGCAUCCUGACAGGAGCGUAGAUAAGCUUUCUGGAACACUUGAUGCCAUGUACAAGGAGUCCGCCUUCACAAUUGGAUUUUCUCGACCUGAAUCAACACAGUUAUUUCUUUUUGUUCUCUCUGAGCUCCUCGAGCUUCCUUGGGCUAUACCGAUAGUCGUCCGCACAGUUGUCACCAAUGUGUCGCUGCUGGCUUCUCAAUCAUAUGCCACAAUUUCGAGCACAAAACCGUCAUUCGAUACAUCGAAACCACCCCUGAGAUUACUCAUUCAGACAUUGAGCAACCUGUACACCAAGGAUAAAUUUGCGGAUGACGAUGUGGAGAGCCUGAACUCGAGUCAAGAUAUCCAAAACAGCAUCCCUUCAAAUAUCGCCCAAAGUCUCUCGCCAGAAAUCCCGAGCUAUGAAUAUUCGCCAGAGGAGUGGUCAGAGGAGCGAGAGGUGGUCGAAGAUACAUGUGAUGAUGAACUUUGGAAAGGCGGUUCCUUAGAUGAUGAAGAAAGGCGUACUCAAGCACUAUUCGAUGAGCUGAAUCAUCUGAUCGAUGAAUGCGACGGGCUGAAUAGUGCUCAGUGGAAUGAAGUCAUCGAGUUGUUGAAUGGAAACGAGGGCUUCGACGGUGACCGAGGAGAGUGUAUGGUCUCAGCGCAUUUUGAGGAUUGGGCACAGCGGGAUGCAGAGAUAGAGUUGUCAGUUUUAUACCCCAAUAUUUGAUUGAUUAUUUUGAAGUAAAUGCAAAAAUGAAG